CCCUCACAUCACGACCUCUGAGUCCUCCUUGCGCCCCCUCGCCCCAGCGUCCCGAAAUCCUCGCGUCCCAGCCUCCGGACCACCUGGAAGGAUGCGCUCUGCGCCGACAGCCAGAGCAGCGCUGGUGCUGUGCGCCGCCACCGCUGGGCUGCUAAGCGCGCAGGGCAGCCCGGAACCUCCUGAGGCGCCGCGCUUCGCGUCCUGGGACGAGGUGAAUGUGCUGGCGCACGGGCUCCUGCAGCUCGGCCGCGGGCUGCGGGAGCACGUGGAGCGCACCCGUGGGCAACUAGGAGCGCUGGAACGGCGUCUGAGCGCGUGCGGGGCCGCCUGCAAAGACCCGGAGGGGUCCGCCGUGCCUCCUCUCACCGCGGGGAAUCUGGUCCCUUCCCAAAGCGACGCCGCCCCGGAGACCCUCCACAGCUUGCAGACUCAGCUCAAGGCUCAGAACAGCAAGAUUCAGCAACUCUUCCAGAAGGUGGCCCAGCAGCAGCGGCACCUGGAGAAGCAGCACUUGAGAAUCCAGAAUUUGCAGGGCCAGCUGGACCACUUGGCUCCCAUGCACCUGGGCCAUGGGGUGGCCAAGGCUGCCAGGAGAAAAAGACUACCCAAGAUGACCCAGCCUGCUGGCCCAGCUCACAAUAUCAGCCGCCUGCACAGACUGCCCAGAGACUGCCAAGAGCUGUUUGAAGAGGGAGAGCGGCAAAGUGGAUUGUUCCAGAUCCAGCCCCAGGGGUCCCCGCCAUUCCUGGUUAACUGCAAGAUGACCUCAGAUGGAGGCUGGACUGUAAUUCAGAGGCGCCAGGAUGGCUCGGUGGACUUUAACCAGCCUUGGGAAGCCUACAAGGAUGGCUUCGGAGAUCCCAAAGGUGAAUUCUGGCUGGGCCUGGAGAAGGUGCACCGCAUCAUGGGGGACCGUGGCAGCCGCCUGGCUGUGCAGCUGCAAGACUGGGAGGGCAAUGCCGAGUCCCUGCAGUUCCCCGUCCACCUGGGUGGUGAGGACACUGCCUACAGCCUGCAGCUCACGGCACCUGUGGCUAGCAAACUGGGUGCCACCAUCGACACACCCAGUGGCCUCUCCCUGCCCUUCUCCACUUGGGAUCAGGACCACGACCUCCGAGGAGACAAGAACUGCGCCAAGAUUCUCUCUGGUGGUUGGUGGUUUGGCACCUGCAGCCACUCCAACCUCAAUGGCCAGUACUUCCAUUCCAUCCCUCGGCAGCGGGAGCAGCGUAAGAAGGGCAUCUUUUGGAAGACCUGGCGGGGCCGCUAUUACCCGCUGCAGGCCACCACCAUGCUGAUCCAGCCCACAGUAGCCGAGGCAGCCUCUUAGCCUCCUCGCUGGGGCCUGGUCCCAGGCUCCCAGAGGACACUGACUCUGACUCUGGCCCAGCAUGUGGCCACUCCUUGCCUGGGCAGGGACUCCAGGCAGGAGCCAGCUGGAGCCUCAUGGACAGCGAAGAUGUCCACGACUGGAGAGGCCUUUGAUGAGUGGGGGGCUGCAGGAAACACCCUCCAGGAAAGAUGGAGCUGCAGGGCUACAGGGCACAGACCCUGAAAGCAUAGGAUGGCGAGGCACGGAGGCACACUCUUCACCUGCCUGAGGAGUGGGGGACACAGAGGGACCACUCGGGGACAGCCAGGCAGGCCCUCGAUGGCAGAUUCAGUCACAUUGACUGGCUGGGGGACCAGGACUUCUGUAGGGCCCAGGCACCCUCAGGGUGCUGUUGUAUGUGGGUGCUGUGAGCAAGCCGGCGCCAAUGCCAACGGCAUCCGGGGCAAAACUCACAGAAUUCUUGGAAUAAAAGCAACCUCAGAACA